AUGGCAAUGAAUUUGUCCAACGGUAGGAAGCGCGCCCGCAACCACGACCCCCGAAAGCCUCGCAAACUAAUCUUUGUGAAUCUAGCGGCGUUGAUGAAGGAUGACCAGGGCCGUCCCUUUAUCGUUGUCCGAGACCAAGGAAAGAAGAAGCGCCAAUUCGGCACCGAAGCUGUCAAGUCACAUAUCCUCGCCGCCCGCACCGUAGCGAACAUUGUCAAGACCUCCCUCGGCCCCCGCGGCCUCGAUAAGAUCCUGAUCUCUCCCGACGGCGAUAUCACGGUAACGAACGAUGGCGCCACUAUAUUGCAACAGAUGGAAAUCACCAAUCACGUAGCAAAGCUCCUCGUGGAACUGUCCAAGUCCCAGGACGACGAGAUAGGCGACGGAACCACGGGUGUGGUCGUGCUUGCCGGUGCCCUCCUCGAACAGGCCGCCGAGCUCAUCGACAAGGGUAUCCACCCCAUCCGCAUUGCUGAUGGUUACGAUCACGCUUGCGACAUUGCCGUGGCGGAGCUAGACAAGAUUUCGGACGUCAUCGAGUUCACCAAGGACGAGACGACAAACCUGCUCAAGGUGGCGCGGACCAGUCUCGGCAGCAAGAUCGUGUCCAAGGCCCACGACCAGUUUGCCAAGAUCGCCGUCGACGCUGUUCUCUCGGUCGCAGACCUCGAGCGAAAGGACGUUGAUUUCGAGCUUAUAAAGGUGGAUGGCAAGGUCGGUGGCUCUCUGGAGGAUUCACUCCUCGUCAAGGGUGUCAUUGUCGACAAGGACUUCUCCCACCCCCAGAUGCCUUCCGAGGUCAAGGAUGCUAAGAUUGCCAUUUUGACGUGCGCCUUUGAGCCGCCCAAGCCCAAGACGAAACACCACCUCGACAUCACCAGCGUGGAGGAGUUCAAGAAGCUUCAAAACUACGAGAGGGAAAAGUUUAUCGAGAUGAUUCAGCAGAUCAAGGACACUGGCGCCAACUUGGCCAUCUGCCAGUGGGGCUUCGAUGACGAGGCGAACCAUCUCCUUCUCCAGAACAAGCUCCCCGCCGUGCGAUGGCUCGGCCACGCCGGUAUCGUACGGGAGAUGUCGUUUGGAACGACGAGGGAAAAGAUGCUCGUCAUUGAGGAGUGCGCCAACACUCGUGCCGUGACGGCCUUUAUUCGCGGAAGCAACAAGAUGCUUAUCGACGAGGCUAAGCGGUCCCUUCACGACGCCCUGUGUGUUGUAAGGAACCUCGUCCGCGACAACAGGGUAGUAUAUGGUGGUGGCGCGGCCGAGAUUGCAUGCUCUCUCGCGGUGGAGGAUGCGGCGGUUAAGACACCCGGCAUCGAGCAGUACGCCAUGCGUGCGUUCUCUGAGGCGCUUGACGCCAUCCCCAUGGCCCUCGCGGAGAACAGUGGUUUGGAUCCCAUCGCCACACUCGCGUCCGUCAAGAGCCAACAGGCCAAGGGCGGCGCCGGAGCCCGGGGCAAGUUUGGCGUGGACUGCAUGAACCACGGCAACAACAGCAUGAAGGACGCCUUUGUCAUCGACCCCUCAUUGGCAAGAAGCAGCAGCUUCAGCUUGCGACGCAGCUAUGCCGCAUGGUGCUCAAGGUGA